AUGUUCAAGAAACCUCUCGCGUCCAUAAAGUCCUUCUCGUCCCUGAGGUCCAGCGACAAGCGGAGACUGCGGGACGAGAUCCUCGCUAGCUUCCCUGCCCUCAAAGAUAUGGAGCCCAUCAACGACACCCCCAUCAACGCCAUUAUCACCCCCGAUGGCUUACAGGCUGCCAAAUUCACUUCUUACAUCGAAGAGCCAGGCACCCUCUACACUGACGCCGACGGCACCCCUCUCUGGUUCAAGAUCAGCUCCAGCAAAAACCACUCUCUCAUCGUCCCCUCUGUCUACACCUUGUGGAAGUUCCCGGAUUUGAUUCCAGGACUGACGACAUGGAACCCUGUAGUCGACAAACUUCGAAACGGCGCAGACCUCAUGAUCCCAGGAGUCAUCACCGCCAACAACACCUUCGUUCCAGAGAUCGACGAGGGUUCACUCGUCGUUAUUCGCGCUCGCGGCAACAAGUACCCUCUCGCCAUCGGAACCAUGGCCAUCUCGGGACAGGUCCUUGCUUCUUCGAGAGGAAGCCUGCCACCCAAAGGCAAAGCCGUUCACAUUCUGCAUGUGCACCUGGAUCAGCUCUGGGCAAUGGGCACGAAACCGGAAUUCCCUGCUGAUUGGGCGCAAGGGCCCAAGGCUCCUCUGGAUGACGAAUACGCGUCCUCGGACGAGGAGACUGAUGGUGAGGACGAUAACGAGACAACGGACGACUUGACCAAGGUUCUGCAGGAUGUGUCUGUCAGCGAUACCAAAGGAAAGACAGUGGUCAGGGAUGAUCUCCCCAGCAGCAACGAAAUCGAGAGCAGCUCUACAGCAGACGGCCAGCAACCAGAAGAGGCAAAGGAGGAGGUCGAGGCGAUUGUUCUUUCGACAGAGGAGGUGGACAAGGCGCUUCAGGACGCCCUUCUUCAGGUGCUCAAAUUCAAGAUCACGGAGGAUGUCUCCAAGGAGCUCCUGCCCAUGAACUCGUCGACACUCUACUCGUCCUAUGUUCUCCCCAACCGUGCACGCGGACGUGCUGCCGAGGCAGAUAUCAAAAAGUCAAGCUGGAAAAAGUUGGCAAAGUGGCUCAAGGCGGUUGAAAAGUCGGACCUGAUCAAAUGCAAGGAAAUCAAAGGCGAGCUCUUCCUCCUCGGGGUCACCUGGAACCACCCUCAGUUGAAGGGAUUCACAGGGCACAAGACGGUGGAGCAGCAGGCGGCGCGACAGGCCAAGGUGGAAGCACAGGUCUCACAGGCAAACUCAGAUGUGAAGGUUCUGGAGGUUCUGGAGGUAUACCGACCCAACAGCGCGUCGGGAGACUUUUUUGAAGUCGCAGGCAAGUCCAAGGAUGGAUUCUACACCCUGCAGGAGGUGCGCGCAACCUUGGCCCAGUACAUCAAGGACAAGCAGCUGUCGGACCCCAAGAACCAACGCAUCAUUCGUCUUGACGAGGUUCUUCAUCCAGCCCUGGCCAAGAAGGGCGAGCAGAUCGACCGCGUUCCUCGCGAUCAUACCAGUGACAGACUGGUGGCGAAUAUGGUGAUCCACCAUUACAUUGGCUACAAGGGCCAACAGCCGCGGUUUGUGAAGGGAGCCGUGAAAUCAAUCCAGAUCACACAAGAGAUCCGUACUGGACGCAAGACCGUGACCAAGAUCUCUGGUCUCGAGCACUUUAUGCUCGACGUCGAUGCCUUUGGACAAGAGAUCCAAGUCCUCUGCGCCAGCAGUGUCGCCAUCACUCCGCUGGUUGGCGCUUCACCAAAGCUGAACUUGCGCGAACUGAUGGUCCAGGGUCCACAGGUCAAGAACGUGACGGCUGUCCUCCAGGAACGCGGUGUGCCCAAGAAGUACAUUGAGUUCCUUGACAAGACCAACAAGAAGAAGUAA